GAAGAAGAAGAAACAAAGAUGGCGGCGGACGAUGACACCGAGACAGAAGUGUUUGAGAUCACAGAUUUCACCACAGCCUCCGAAUGGGAACGGUUUGUGUCUAGACUGGAGGAGGUCCUGAACGACUGGAAGUUAAUCGGAAACGCCCCGAGAAAGACUCCUCCUGCAAAGGGGGAGUUCACCAGCGGCGUAUGGAACGAGAAAACAGAGGAGAUCAACUUUGCCGAUUUUAAGUUCUGCAUCACGCACCACUUUCUGGAGCAGGAGGCAGAGAGCGAGAGCAGAGAGACGCAGAAAGAUGAAGAUGCGUUUCCUGUGGCCAUGCAGGACCUCCUCUGUAUGAACAAUGACUUUCCCCCAAGAGCACACUGCCUGGUCCGAUGGUUCGGUCUGCGCUCGUUCGUGGUGGUGUCUCCUGGUGCAAACUGCGAGGCUGUGAUCAGUGAGUCGAAGUGUAACCUGCUGCUGAGCUCCGUGUCCAUCGCGCUCCAGAACAGCGGCUGCCAGGCGCCGGUGCUGAUGCAGGUGCAGCAGAAGUGGAGGCGUCUGUUCACGGGGGAGUGCCAGGGCCCCGGGGUCAGGGUCGACUUUGAGAUGGUUCAUCUGCACAAAGUCCCCACUCACUACAAGAACCUGUCAGGACUCCUGGACAUCUUCAAGAACAAGAUCGGCUGCACUCUGUCUCCUCUGCCUCCCAUCAACAUCUCCAUCAGGUUCACCUACAUCCUGCAGGACUGGCAGCAGUGCACCUGGCCCCAGCAGCCCCCAGACUUCGACGGUCUCUUCGGGGGGGAGGUUGGAGGAGUGGAGUUCGGUAAAGUGCCAUUUGGAGCGUGUGCGGAGCCCAUCAGUGAGCUGCACCUGGCCGCCACCUGGCCUCACCUGACCGAGGGCAUUAUCGUGGACAACGACGUGUACAGUGAACUGGACCCUCUGCAGGCGCCACACUGGUCUGUGAGGAUCAGGACUGUGGACAACGCCCAGUGUCUGCUAGGGGAUUUUCUGAUGGAGUUCUUCAGACUGACCCUGUGCUCCGAGUCCCUGGAUGAGAUUCUGGGUCGCAGUCUGACGGAGGAGGAGGGGGGCAGAGAUCACGCAGACAUCAGCUCGGCGCUGCAGAAGCUCACCCAGCCGUCUGCCUCUGUCCACAUCUCCAAACUCUCAGUGUCCCACAUGGUCCACAGCGCUCGGAGACACAUGAGGAGGAGGAGGUACGAGGAGUCUCCCCUGAGCAACCAGAGCCUCAACACGGCCCUGCUGUUCCUGUUUCCGGACGCAGCGGUGGAGAAGACGCCGGAGAAGAGCAGCCCUCACAGCGAUGAGAGCCAGGAGAGAGACGCAGACUCUACUGAGUACCUCCAUCUGAAGGCAGCUCCUCUGGACAGUCUGACCCAUCGCCUGGCCCUGUGUUUGGCCUCGGUGAACCACUCCCAGGGCGGGCUCCGGGCCGUGGCCCAUCUGUGGCAGGAGUUUGUGCUGGAGCUGCGCUACCGCUGGGAGAACAACUACCUCAUCCACGGUUUGCCCAGUGGACCUCCAGACCUCCGCUGCUGCCUCCUGCAUCAGAAACUACAGAUGUUGAACUGCUGUAUUGAGAGGAAACGUUCUCGUGAUGAGGCCCACAGAGGGCAGAGUUCAGGGGGGACCCCUCCGAGCACUUCCGUCAAAAAGGCCGAGACUGACAAGGACGCGGCGCCGACCACGUCCUGGGAGUCCUGGAGCGACAGCGAGGACGAGUUCUACGAGUGUGUGAGCGAUUUGUCCGAGAGUAACAACAGCGAGAGGAAACCAGAGGGACGACUCAAACAACACCGGGACAUGAGGCUGCUGCACACCCACCAACCACUCUACAUCCCCGUCACACAGGAGCCAUCCCCUCUCACAGAGGACAUGUUGGAGCAGCAGUCCGAGGUCCUGUCCAAACUGGGCACGUCAGCAGAGGGCGCUCACCUCCGCGCACGCAUGCAGAGCGCCUGUCUGCUGUCCGAUAUGGAGGCCUUCAAGGCGGCUAACCCGGGCUGUGUGCUGGAGGACUUUGUGCGCUGGUACUCUCCGAGGGACUACAUCUCUGAGGAGCACCCCGAUGAGGGAGAGGUCAGGGGGGGACUGAGCGCCCGCAUGAGGAUCCCUGGGAACAUGUGGCUGGAGGCCUGGGACAGCGCCAAAGCCACACCCGCCAGGAGGCAGAGACGGCUGUUUGACGACACCACUGAGGCCGAGAAGGUGCUGCAUCACCUGUCUCUGCUGAAGCCCUCAGAGCUGGUGCUGCAGCUGCUGCCCAGCCUCAUCCUCUCUGCUCUGGGCAAACUCCGGGAGGAAGAGGCCUCAGAGGACCUCCCCUCGGUGAAGACGGCCCUGGACCAGGCUUCGGUUCAGGCUGGGAGACUUCUGCACCAGUCCAAACCCGACCUCCAGCAGCUCGAGGAGUUCCUGCUGAACCUGAUGAGUUUGGAGACGUCCAUCACUCGAGCUCGAUCUCUGAAGGCCAAGUUUGGAGUGUCUCCUCAGAGUGAGUCGGAGCACCACGAGCAGCUCCUACAGUUUGUGAGCGCUCUCCUGGAGGAGCCCGAGGUGGAGGUGACAGGAGCAGGACAGGGACCAGCGGGCAGCAUCAUCCACCAACUGUUCAUCAGCGCCCAGAGGGCGGCGCUGCUGUCUCCUCUGGACCCUGAGGCCGGUCCCGGUUCAGACCCCGACUCCCGAAGUUCGGAGCAGGUCCCGGACUUCCCUCCUCCGACCGGACGAGAGAUGAUUCUGAGGACGUGUGUUCCGUCUCCCGCCUGUUACUCCAGAGCGCUGCCUCAGAGGAUGUUCUGUGUGAUCCUCAAGGACGAGUUUAGACUGGCAGCGGCGCUCAGCCACGACACCGCCUUCUUCUGACCCCAUGUGACCCCAUCUGACCCCCCCACCCCCUGAUUUAUUUAUACAUCUUUUCUCUGGACUCUCACAGACUGAAUUGAACAGUCAAUCAAAUAUAAAACACAUGACAGAAAAUACAUCUGACACUCUCUGACCCUGUCCCCUUCUUCUGACCCUUCUGACCCCACCACCUCUUUCUUCUGACCCAAACGGUCUUUUCCAAACCUGAACUGUCACAGAAAAAUGUUUUAUGUUAAUGUGCUCUGAGUAAAGCUGGAGCUAAACAC